GCACAGAAUAACGUCUAUAAAAAACAUGAUUAAAAUUUAAUUGAAAAUUGCUAUUUGUUGGUAAACACAUACUAAGGCCAGUUAUCCAGUUACGAAAUUUGACUUUAUUGCAUGUUUGAUUUUUAAUGCUGCAUACUUUUACAGUUUGCAUGCUUUCUUGUAGGAGUAUACUUUCUUAUAUAUUGUGUAUGUUUACAGUAUUGUAUAUUAAUGUCACCAAACACACAUUCACGCCUGUUUGGUGUUGAUGCGGAUGAAGUUUCAGUAUCAGUGAUGGUGGGAGAUUCUGUAAAUCUACUCACUGAUUUUAGUGAAGUACAGAGGGACAGUAGGAUAAUGGGUAGGAAUAAAUAGGAAAUCAAGUUCUUUGGGUAUUUGGAAGGCUUGUGGCUAAGUAUAAAGAAGUGUACAGUAAUAUUUGGUAAAAUACACUUGGAACAGUUUCCAUUUUUAAAUAGUAAAACAUUUUAAAUAUAUCAAUAGUUCUAUGCUCUACAUACAAAUAUACUAUUAGCAAUACUACAUACUUACAUAAAACGUUAUGAACAGCAUUUUAAACACAGUAAAAAAAAAAAAAAAGUAGAAGAACAGGAAAAAUUUACAAAUUAUGUUUUAUAUGCUGGAAGAUGAUUAAUGGGGAAAGUUUUAACCGACAAUUUAAUUUCAACACCUUUCACUUCCUCAUCCUCCCGUUUAAAACGCUGAAUGAAAGCACACACACACAAAUCGUAAUUAACCGUUUUACAGACGAGGCUUAAGCAUAGUCCUAGACUAAAAUGUAAAUCUGAGCUGUUUCAACGGUUUCAAACUUGCACUGACUGAUCUAAAAUAUGACGGUGUCUUUGUUUUGUCUUGAUGCAUACCAGUGAUGCUAUUUUUUAAGGUAUGUUCAUAAGAAAUUCUUUAAACGUCCUAAUUGAACUACGGUAUAAUACUGGUUUAGGCUAUGCCCUGUCUAAUGAAACCGGGCCGAUACGGGAGGUUGGUCAAGUCAUUAUUUUGCAAUCACGGUAAUUGUGAUAUGGCUGGAAAGCACCUAAACACACCUAAACAAGUUAAUCGGGGACUUAAAUAUGAGGUCACUGGCCUACGGGCAAUUGUGUUUCAGCGUUGGAGUUGCGUCAGACCUCCUUGGAUCUUUAAAAACGCGAUUUCGCGAAGCAUUUCAAAACCCUCCUGACCUACAAGCAGGUUGAGAGGAUGGCAGCACGGGUGUCCUGCUCGCUGAUUGCUCUCGUGUUGUGUCUCGCCAAGGGACCUGUCACGGGAGACACUGAUUUGGAUAAAGAGUCGUUACUAGCAAAGCCGGGGAUAUGCCCAGAAAGCGAUCUUGCAGAGGCAAGGUUAGGAGUGUGUGCCGAGAUGUGUUCCCGUGACAGUGACUGUCUGAAAGAUCAAAAAUGCUGCAGCAAUGGUUGUGGACAUCAGUGUGUGCCUCCAUAUAAAGAAAAGCCAGGAGUGUGUCCAAGCAACGGCCUCAUACGCUGUAUUUGGAGCCAGAAUCUCUGUUCCCAGGACGGUAACUGUCCAGAUGAUAAAAAGUGCUGGUGUUUGGCCGCCGCGCGCACGCUGUUCUUCAAUGCGGCGUGGAUUUGUGCUCCUGAGGAGAACAGUACUGAAACAGGAGAUAACGGAGGUGGAGGCGGAGAGAGAAAGAUGGAGGGACUGAACCCCCGUCCCCCGUCCCCCCCCUCUGCAUGUGACACAGGUGGUGUGCCUGUCCAUAUGUCUCAGUGCAUCGAGCAGGCUGUCAUUUGCAGCUUUACUGAGCUCAGUGGCUGGUCAGAGCAGAUAUAA